GGUCUGCCUUCCCCUGGAGUUGGAGCGGCGUCGAGAGAGUAGAGGAGAGCCGCGUCAACCCGUCCCGCGAAUGAAGUGCGCUUCUUGCCAUCGUUUAUUACCUGAAGAUUUAUUCUAAAGUUUAUCAGUUGCCUAGUGGGCAGUAAUAUGGCAAUGUUGACCUUCGGGAGUUUAAGUGUUCUGGUUACCCUUUGGCACAGUGCCCUCUCUCAAGAGCCAGAGUUCAGUUAUGGUUGCGCUGAGGGGAGCUGUUAUCCUGCCACAGGAGAUCUAUUGAUUGGGCGAGCAGAUAAGAUUUCUGCCACUUCCACUUGUGGUUUGAACAAACCUGAGCCCUUCUGUAUCGUCAGCCACCUCCAGGAAGAAAAGAAAUGCUUUUCAUGCGAAUCCCAGACUCCUUUUGCUGAAAAUCCAAGCAGUCACCGAAUUGCGAAUGUGGUCACAACUUUUGCGUUCAACCGACUGAAUACCUGGUGGCAGUCUGAAAAUGGCAUUGAAAAUGUUUCUCUCCAGUUGGAUCUGGAGGCUGAAUUCCAUUUUACCCACCUCAUCAUGACCUUCAAGACAUUUCGUCCAGCUGCUAUGAUGAUUGAACGAUCUUCAGAUUCUGGAAAGACCUGGCAGGUGUAUCGAUAUUACGCUUACGACUGUGAAUCAUCCUUUCCUGGCGUUUCAACAGGAUCAUUGAAAAAAGUGGAUGACAUCAUCUGCGAUUCUCGAUAUUCUGAUAUUGAACCUUCGACAGAAGGAGAGGUUAUCUAUCGUGUGUUGGACCCAGCGUUUAAAAUUGAAGAUCCAUACAGCCGGAGAAUACAAAAUAUGCUGAAGAUCACAAACCUGAGGAUAAGGUUUACUAAACUCCAUACUCUGGGUGACAAUUUACUGGACUCGAGAGUAGAAAUCAAAGAAAAAUAUUACUAUGCCAUCUACGACAUGGUGGUUCGGGGCAAUUGUUUCUGCUAUGGACAUGCUAGUGAGUGUGCUCCCGUUGAUGAAUCUAACAAUCAGAAUGUAGAAGGGAAGGUACACGGUCGAUGUGUGUGCCGGCACAACACAAAAGGUCUAAACUGUGAGCUGUGUCAAGAGUUCCACCAGGAUGUGCCUUGGAAACCAGCUGAAGGACGCAACAGCAAUGCUUGCAAAAGGUGUAACUGCAAUGGACAUGCUCAUAAAUGUCACUUUGACAUGGCUGUGUAUUUAGCCACGGGUAAUGUCAGUGGUGGUGUGUGUGAUGGCUGUCAGAAUAAUACAAUGGGGCAGCACUGUGAACAAUGCAAACCUUUCUACUACCAGCAUCCAGAACGAGGUAUUCGUGCCACUGACAUCUGUGAGCCUUGUAACUGUGACCCUGCUGGAUCAUUGAAUGGUGGGAUUUGUGAUAGUCACACCGAUUUGACAGCUAAUCUCAUAGCGGGGCAAUGCCGUUGUAAGAUGAAUGUUGAGGGUGAGCGCUGCGAUCUGUGCAAAGAGGGUUUCUUUGGACUAAGUGAAAAUGAUCCACUAGGUUGCCAACCCUGCGCCUGUAACCAUUUGGGAACUCAUCCAGGAGGAUCUCCAUGUGAUGAUGUAACAGGAAGCUGCUUCUGUAAACGUCUGGUGAUGGGCAGGAACUGUGAUCAGUGUCUGUCUCAACACUGGGGGCUAAGCAAUGAUCUAGACGGAUGUCGCCCUUGUGAUUGUGAUCUUGGGGGUGCCUACAAUAAUGACUGUUCGGCAGAGACAGGCCAGUGUCAAUGCAAAGGGCAUAUGGUUGCACGUCGCUGCAACGAGGUUGAGUCUGGAUUUUACUUUAUUGCACUGGACCAUUACACACACGAAGCAGAGGAAGCUGACCUGGGUCCUGGAGUUAUGAUUAUCCAACGACAAUAUCCACAGGAUCGUUCCCCAACCUGGACAGGAAUUGGAUUUGGACGUGUUCCUCAAGGAGCAUAUCUAGAAUUCCAUAUAAAUGCUAUUCCACAUUCCAUGGAAUACAACAUAUUGAUUCGGUAUGAACCACAGCUGCCAAAGAACUGGGAAGUGGCAAAAAUAACGGUGUUGCGACCUGGUGAAAUUCAUACUGGCAGUCGAUGUGUGAAUACUAUUCCUGAUGAUGAUAACCAAGUGUUCUCUCUACCAUCAGGAUCAAGGUAUGUGGUUCUACCUCGACCUGUAUGCUUUGAAAAAGGACUAAACUACACCAUUCGGCUAGAAUUAACAAAAUAUGCCUCUGGUGAUGAAAUGGAGACUCCUUAUAUUUUAAUUGAUUCGCUCGUACUCAUGCCCCACUGCAGGUCUUUGGAUAUAUUCUCUACAGGAGAAUCGGGCGAGAUUAUCACAAAUAGCAUAUGGGAUACCUUCCAGCGGUACCGCUGCUUGGAGAGCAGUCAAAGUGUUACCAAGACUCCAAUGACUGAUGUCUGCAGAGGCAUUCUUUCCAGCAUUUCUUCUAUAAUCCAUGAAGGAGCUUUGCCAUGCAAUUGUGACCCUCAAGGCUCUCUCAGUUCUAUCUGUAAUUCAAAUGGUGGACAGUGCCAGUGUCGUUCCAAUGUAGUCGGCCGAAACUGUGAUCGAUGUGCUCCUGCCACUUAUGGGUUUGGUCCUAGUGGCUGCAGACCAUGUGACUGUAAUCCAGAAGGUUCUGUCAAUGAAUUUUGCCAUCAUGCCACUGGCCAGUGUGAGUGUAAGGAAGGAGUCUAUGGUCGAAGAUGUGACCAGUGUCAGCCUGGGUUUUGGGGAUUUCCUAUUUGCCACCCAUGCCAUUGCAAUGGGCAUGCAGAUCAUUGUGACUUGGAAACCGGUGAAUGUCUGAACUGCAGAGAUCAUACCAGUGGACAGAACUGUGAGAGCUGUAUGACGGGUUAUUACGGGGACCCUGUACUUGGGUCAGGUGACCAUUGCCGCCCAUGCCCCUGCCCAGAUGGACCAGAUAGUCAACGGCAGUUUGCCACUGGCUGUUACCAGGAUCCUUAUACCCUCAAUAUUGUUUGCCUUUGUCAAAAUGGAUACACAGGUGCUAGAUGUGAUGAAUGUGCAUCUGGGUUUUAUGGUAACCCUAAUGAGACCAGAGGGUAUUGUCAGGGGUGUCAAUGCAACAACAACAUCGAUGUGACUGACCCCCAGUCCUGUGACAAGCGAACUGGAGAGUGUCUAAAAUGUCUGUAUCAUACCGAGGGUGAACACUGCAACCUCUGCAAGCCUGGCUAUUAUGGGAAUGCAGUGCAACAGAACUGCAUAAUGUGUGUCUGUAAUUACUUGGGCACAAUACAGUGCCCAUCAGCAGAUGAAUGCCAUUGCAAUCAAACCACUGGUCAAUGUCCUUGCCUUUCCAAUGUGGUUGGUUUAACAUGUGAUCACUGCGCACCUAAUACCUGGAAGCUGGCAAGUGGAACAGGCUGUGAACUCUGCAAUUGCAAUGAAGUCCACUCACGUGCAGCAUCUUGCAAUGAGUUUACAGGGCAGUGUCAAUGCCUGGCUGGAUUUGGAGGACGAACUUGCAGUGACUGCCAAGAAUUCUUCUGGGGAGAUCCCGACGUGGAAUGUAUGAAAUGUGACUGCAACGAACUUGGCAUCGAGACACAGCAAUGUAACCAGACAAAUGGACGCUGCGUCUGUCGAAAAGGAAUUGCAGGUGAACGGUGUGAUAGAUGUGCCCGAGGCUACUUUGGAACAUUCCCUCAUUGUGAACAAUGCCACGCAUGCUUCAAUCUCUGGGAUAAAAUAAUUGACGAGCUGACCACUCAAAGUAGACAACUUGUAGAGCAAGCCGAUACAGUCAAAGCCAAUGGAGUUAUUGGUCCUUACCAAGAAACAGUUAAUGCCGUGCAGGAAAAGAUUAAUGAGAUACAAUCUCUGCUCGCUGCAAAUCCUGCAACACAACCACUUGACAAUAUUGAAGAUCUUUUGGAAGAAGCCAAGAAGAAAGUAGCUGAUCUUGCAAAAAAGGUGAAUUCAAUGGAAUCAGGUCUUGCAGCAACAGAAGACCAAAACAAUGUGACUGCCACAGAACUAAAUGAUCUUCAGAGUGACACUGAGGGUUUGAAAGCUAUUGUAACUGAGCUAGCAGAGCGACUGGAAUACAUUAAGAACUCUGAUAUCCACGGCGCCUUGGACAGUGUGCAGAAAUACUAUAAGCAAUCUGUAGAGGCUGAGGAAAAAGUUAAUGCUUCCACCACCGAUCCUGACAAUACACUGCUGGAAUCUUCCACCAUUCGAGAAAAGGUGGAUGAAAUUAUUACAGAGAGAGAGGGUCAGUUUGGGGAACAGCAAAAGGAACAUUCACAGAGCCUGGAAGAAUUGGCGGAUAAAUUGGAGAGCCUGGACCUUUCACCAUUAAGUGAAAAGGUUUGUGGGAGUCCUGCCGGUAUACCUUGUGAUGAGGCAAAGUGCGGAGGUCCAAAUUGUCGAGCUGAUGACAAAACUAGGAAGUGUGGAGGACCAGGCUGUGAUGGACUCGUAACUUUAGCACACAACGCAUGGCAGAAUUCUAUGGAUUUUGAUACAGAUAUCCUCAACGCUCUGGCAGAAGUGGAUCAGCUCUCCAAAAUGGUCACUGAUGCAAAAGUGAAAGCAGAUGAGGCUAAGCUAAAUGCACAAAAAGUACUGUUAAAAACAAAUGCAACAAAAGAAAAAGUGGAUAAGAGCAAUGAAGAUUUGAGAAAUCUAAUCAAACAAAUCAGAGAAUUUCUUACACAGGAUGGUGCUGACUUGGAGAGCAUUGAAGCAGUUGCCAAUGAAGUAUUGAAACUAGAAAUGCCAACUACUCCUGAGCAGCUGCAGAAUCUGACCAAUGACAUUCGUGUCCGGGUAGAGAGUCUGUCAGAUGUGGAGAUAAUCCUAAACCAGAGUGCAGCAGACAUUGAACGAGCAGAAAUGCUACUGGAUGAGGCCAGGAAAUCCAGAAUUCAUGCAACAGAUCUUAAAGUCACAGCUGAUCGUGUAAAGGUGGCUUUGAAUGAAGCUGAAAGGGCACAAAAUUCAGCAACAAAAGCCAUUAAACAAGCCAAUGAAGACAUUGAGGGAACACAGAACCUGCUGACUUCAAUUGUAUCUGAAACUGUAGCAUCAGAACAAAGUCUCAACAAUGCAACGGUGCGCUUAGCACAGAUUGAAAAAGAUAUUGAUGAACUAAAGCAAAAGACUACAGAUAAUACAAAUGCGGCAGAAAACAUUGAAGAAACAGCAGAGAGAGUGAAGCAGGCUGCAACCGAGGCUAAACAGGUCCUUGACACUGUCCUUAAAGAAAAGUACAAUAUAAUAGAAGACACCAUUGAGAAAAAAUCAGAUAUGGCUUCUGAUGCUCAAAAGAAAGCAAAGAUGUUACAAAGUGAAGCUGAAUCUUUGUUAUUAGAUGCAAGCCGGAAGCUGGAAUUAUUGAAGAAACUGGAGAAAAACUAUGAAGACAACCAGAAGGCCUUGGAGGACAAAGCACAACAGUUAGUAAAACUGGAAGAAGAUGUACGCACAUUGCUACAGACAAUCAGCCAGAAAGUUGCUAUCUAUAGUACUUGUUUAUAAUGAGGAUCGUUUCGCUGGCAUCUGGAAACGUAAAACAGUGCUCUACUAAUGCUGAAGAACAAUCAACACAAAGCCUAAUUCUUUUUUAAUAAAUUGAAUGAAUUAAUAAAAAGUGCAGCUUUUAUUUAAUGCACUUCAGUUUAAUAUUUCCAGUUGAAGACAAUGUUUAAAAUAUAAAAUCCAAUCUAAACUCAG